GAACAUUCAAGAGUUCUGUGUGAGUUGCCAAAUUAAAAAGUAAUAAAAUUCAGGAUGGGUAAAUCCUUUUUAUUCCAUGUUCAUCCUGAUAAAUGCAUAAACAUCGUAUUUGAGCUGACAUAACAAGGCUUCAGUUCACAUUUAUUGCAAUAUGGAUCUUAGCAUGUCUAUCUACGCUCAAAUAUCACAACCUAUGAACUUUUUUUUAUGACAGUACCACUGUUACAGAGAGGAACUCUCUAGUGUUCCCAUUAACUUCAGUUUCGAUUGACAGAGUUAUCAUUAGGACAAUACAUGUCCAAAGGUCAAUAAUGGGCACCCACUCCCAUCGUAGUUUAUAUCCCUCAUUCACUCCAGGAAAGACAGCACAAAGACAAGCAGCAAAAUGAAGACACUUCUGCUGUUAGGAAUUUUUUUGUCAGCACUUCACACCAGCAACUCACAAAGACAAGAAUUCUGCAAUCUGCCCCAGGAUCCAGGUCAAGGCUCAACUUUCACGUUUUCUGUGUAUUACAACCCUGAAGAAGACAAGUGCUUGCCUUUCUUCUACCAAGGCGAGGGAGGAAACGCCAACCGUUUCCGAAGUGAAAGACAGUGCAUGAGAAACUGUUCAUUCAAUUUUGAGACGUUGUACCCAACAGAUGAAACUGAAGCUUGUCACUUUAAAUAUGCGCCUGGAGGGUGUAACAGUAAACGCCUCAGAUACUACUACGAUGCCAUUCAUGACAAAUGCAAAACAUUCUUUUGGACUGGAUGUUUUGGAAAUGGAAACAGAUUCUUUGACUUAGAGAGCUGCAAUAGGACCUGCGUUGGCAUUCAUGAUGAAGGGGAUGAGGCUGAGGAGGAUGAACCGGACACUCCUAUUACCAUCAUCUUUGCGGUUCUGCUUUCCAUUGUCAUUUUUGCUGUCUUGUUAACUGUGAUUCUCCUCGUAGUGAAGUCAAAGAAAAAACACCAAAAGAAGAAAGCCAAGGAGUCCCAGGCUGACGCACCACUUCAGGGGAGUGGGAUAGAAAUGACAUAGGAAGGCUCCUUUUCUCCAAAAAACUGUUUUUUUUUUUUACCUGGUUGCCAUUAAGAACUAAGUUUUGUGUCCUAAAACCAAAUGCAUAUUUUUUUCUGUCCCU